AAAGCGAAAACCCUUUGGCUUUGACAGCCGCCGCCACAAGUCUUUCCGCCUCCCCAGCCUGCCCGGGCGCAGGGAGCUGGGCGCUGGAUUAUGGUGGCUUGAGCAGCGAACGCAGCCGCAGGAGCCGAGAGCCACGCCGCGGACCCCGCCAGGAAGAGCCGGAGAGCAGUGGGCUCCGAUCCCCAUGGCCGCCCCUCCCCGCGCCCCGAGGGGCUCCAGCCCACCGCUGCGGCUAGCUGCCGCUGUCCAGAUGUAGCUGGCUCCGGAUCCGCGACGUUCGCUCCUCUAGUGCGCUGCGGAGCCGCCUGGACCCGGGGACCGAGUGAGGGGCCUGCAGGCUCUGCAGUCUCGAUGCCUCCAAGGCCGCUGUCCUGAGAGCAGCCACCAGCACUCAGACUUGGGCAGGUCCCAGGGACGGUAGCCGGCCCCGACAGCCCACCGGCCCGGGCUCACCAUGGCCCCAGCCCUGCGCUGGCUCCUGCUGUGGAUGGGCUCAGGAGUGCUGCCUGCCCAGGGCACCCACCACGGCAUCCGGCUGCCCCUGCGCAGCGGCCUGGCAGGGCCACCCCUGGGCCUGAGGCUGCCGCGGGAGACCGACGAGGAACCCGAGGAGCCCGGCCGGAGGGGCAGCUUUGUGGAGAUGGUGGACAACCUGAGGGGCAAGUCGGGCCAGGGCUACUAUGUGGAGAUGACCGUGGGCAGCCCCCCACAGACGCUCAACAUCCUGGUGGACACAGGCAGUAGUAACUUUGCAGUGGGAGCUGCCCCCCAUCCUUUCCUGCAUCGAUACUACCAGAGGCAGCUGUCCAGCACCUACCGAGACCUCCGGAAGGGUGUGUAUGUGCCCUAUACCCAGGGCAAGUGGGAGGGGGAACUGGGCACCGACCUGGUGAGCAUCCCUCAUGGCCCCAACGUCACCGUGCGUGCCAACAUCGCUGCCAUCACUGAAUCAGACAAGUUCUUCAUCAAUGGUUCCAACUGGGAGGGCAUCCUAGGGCUGGCCUAUGCUGAGAUCGCCAGGCCUGAUGACUCCCUGGAGCCCUUCUUUGACUCGCUGGUGAAGCAGACACAAAUUCCCAACCUCUUUUCCCUGCAGCUCUGUGGCACUGGCUUCCCCCUCAACCAGUCUGAGGCGCUGGCCUCUGUUGGAGGGAGCAUGAUCAUUGGUGGUAUCGACCACUCGCUGUACACAGGCAGUCUCUGGUACACACCUAUCCGGCGGGAGUGGUAUUAUGAGGUGAUCAUUGUACGUGUGGAAAUCAAUGGACAAGAUCUGAAAAUGGACUGCAAGGAGUACAACUAUGACAAGAGCAUUGUGGACAGUGGCACCACCAACCUUCGUUUGCCCAAGAAAGUGUUUGAAGCUGCAGUCAAGUCCAUCAAGGCAGCCUCCUCGACAGAGAAGUUCCCGGACGGCUUUUGGCUAGGGGAGCAGCUGGUGUGCUGGCAAGCAGGGACUACCCCCUGGAACAUUUUCCCAGUCAUCUCACUCUACCUCAUGGGUGAGGUCACCAAUCAGUCAUUCCGCAUCACCAUCCUUCCUCAGCAAUACCUGCGGCCGGUGGAAGAUGUGGCCACGUCCCAAGACGACUGUUACAAAUUUGCCAUCUCACAGUCAUCCACGGGCACUGUUAUGGGAGCUGUUAUCAUGGAAGGCUUCUACGUUGUCUUUGAUCGGGUCCAAAAAAGAAUUGGCUUUGCUGUCAGCGCUUGCCAUGUGCACGACGAGUUCAGGACGGCAGCAGUGGAAGGUCCUUUUGUUACACCAGACAUGGAAGACUGUGGCUACAACAUUCCACAGACAGAUGAGUCAACCCUUAUGACCAUAGCCUAUGUCAUGGCUGCCAUCUGCGCCCUGUUCAUGCUGCCACUCUGCCUCAUGGUUUGUCAGUGGCGCUGCCUCCGCUGCCUGCGCCAUCAGCACGACGACUUUGCUGAUGACAUCUCGCUGCUGAAGUAAGGAGGCCCAUGGGCAGACAACAGAUUCCCCUGAACCACAUCUGGGUGGUUCACGUUGGUCAUACAAGUCGGAGACACAGAUGGCACCUGUGGCCAGAGCACCUCAGGACCCUCACCCACCCGCCAAAUACUUCUGCCUUGAGAGAAAAGAAGGAAAAGUGUGCAAGGUGGGUUACAGGGCUUGCACUUAUAGGAAACAGGAGGGAGGAAAGCAGCGUUCUGGUGGCAGGAAUACCCUUGGUCACCUCAAACCUGAGUUGGAAAUUCUGCUGCUUUAAGCUUCAGCCCUGACUUUCUGCCCAGCAUCCCUUUAGAUUCUCCAACCCAAAGUAUUCUUUCCUUCCUUCCAGAAGUACUGGCAUCACACCCAGGCUACCCAGCAUGUGUCUCUGUGGUACCCUGGCAGAGAAAGGGCCAAUCUCAUUUCCCUGCUGGCUAAAGUCAGCAGAAGAAGAUAAUGCAGUUUGCAGUUUGCUUUAGUGAUAGGUACUGCAGAAACAAGCCUACACUGGUGCAAAGACUGCUUCUUGAAUUAAACAAAAAA